AGGAGCCCGGUGGUGCUGAAGAGGAUCCCGCCAAUCGGAGCUCCCCGCCGCCGCCCCGCCCACUUCCAGCGUUGCCUCGGCGACGGCCGCUUUACGUGAUGACGUGGCAUGUAUAUGAGCGCGUGCGGCGGGACCUCUCUCUCUUUUACCGCCAUCCGAGCGGAGUCUUUCUUCCCGGUCCUCUCGCCGCGCCGCUCCUCAGUCCUCCGGCCGCAAGCUUCACUCCAGACUCGGCUAAGAUGGCAGACAUCGACAACAAAGACCAGGCGGAGAUCGACCCGGCAGACAUGGAGGACGUGGAGGAAGUGGAAGAGGAGGAGACGGGAGAAGACGAGAACAGCAAAGCUCGUCAGCUGACCGUGCAGAUGAUGCAGAACCCACAGAUCCUGGCUGCGCUGCAGGAGAGGCUGGACGGGCUCAACGGCUCGCCGUCCGGCUACAUGGAGAGCUUACCGAAGGUUGUGAAGAGGCGUGUGAACGGCCUCAAGAACCUGCAGGUCAAGUGCGCCCACAUCGAGGCCAAGUUCUACGAGGAGGUCCACGAGCUGGAGAGGAAGUACGCCGCCCUGUACCAGCCGCUCUUCGACAAGCGGAGCGACAUCGUGAUGGCGGCGUACGAGCCCACGGACGAGGAGUGCGAAUGGAAGAUCGACGAGGAGGAGGAGCUGACGGACGAGAUGAAGGAGAAGGCCAAGUUGGAGGAGGAGAAGAAGGACGAGGAGAAGGAGGACCCCAAAGGCAUCCCGGAGUUCUGGCUAACUGUCUUCAAGAACGUGGACCUGCUCAGCGACAUGCUGCAGGAACACGACGAAGCCAUCCUCAAACAUCUACAAGACAUUAAAGUGAUCUUCUCGGAUCAAGGCCAGCCCAUGAGCUUCACGCUAGAGUUCCUCUUCGAGGCCAACGACUUCUUCACGAACACGGUGCUGACGAAAACCUACAAGAUGAGGGCCGAGCCGGACGAGAGCGACCCCUUCUCCUUCGACGGGCCGGAGAUCAUGUGCUGCACGGGCUGCACCAUCGAGUGGACGAAGGGCAAGAACGUGACGCUGAAGACCAUCAAGAAGAAGCAGAAGCACAAGGGCCGCGGCACCGUGAGGACGGUCACCAAGACGGUGCCCAACGACUCGUUCUUCAACUUCUUCACCCCGCCAGAGGUGCCAGAGAACGCAGAGUUGGACGAGGACUCGGAGGCCGUCCUGGCUGCAGACUUUGAGAUCGGACACUUCAUCCGUGAGCGCAUCGUCCCCCGGGCCGUGCUCUACUUCACAGGAGAGGCCAUCGAGGACGACGACGACGACGACUACGAUGAGGAGGGCGAGGAGGCGGACGACGAGGAGGGAGAGGAGGAGGCCGACGAAGAGAACGACCCCGACUACGACCCCAAGGUGUAAGUGAAGUAGAAACAUUACCCUCUCCUGAAGGAUGCCGCCCCCCCCGCUGAGUGCAAGCAGCAGUGAAGCCCCUCGAGGAUCGACGGCCACGGCUUCUCACAUAAAAAAAAAAAAAAAAAUUACUUACCGCCUUAUAAUGUUUUGUAUUUUUCUUGGUAGAGAAUUUGAAGAGGAAGAAAAAAAAGUUGAAAGAUUUUUGUUACAAAAAGCUGGUGGUGCUGGGCGGAGCUCAUCGUAUUCUAGACGCCGUGCUCCGCGUCCGGAGGGGGCGGGGCCUCGGCAGCAUGAACUCCUUCACUGCUAAACUAGUCUGGGUUCUCGUGAAGUCUUUUGUUGUAUUUGCUCAGACAACAGCUGCCCCCCCCCAUGUGUAGCAUGCCUCUAGUGGCGGAGGACACACCUGCAGGCUUCAGUUCAAUCUGAGCAUCUGAUCCACAUUCUGUGACGUUUAGGCCACUCCCCUUCCCUCGUACAGUCCAGUCGCCUCCAGCAGCUGGACUUCUGAAUCGAGCCCAAAACGCCGUUGGUUCUGACCCCGUUGCCCCGCCGUGGCGCCCGGAGUUUAGACCCGGUCGGCUCUGUUUUUAUUUUUAUAAACAUCCCUGAGAAUAAGAGGAGGAGGCGGAGUCUGUUCGGUGGGCCCGGCGCUUCGGGCUCGUCUUUUCUGUAGCGCUUUGUGCCGGUGGCGUCUGAUUGGCCGGCGCUCCGACGCUCCUUGUCGGCCGCACGCCUCUGCAGAGUUCUGGAGCGUCUGGGUCUGGAGCUGCUGGGGAACGGGCGAUGUAGCACAGCGAAGAGGAAACCAGCCGGGUUCACCGAGCAUCUCGUUGCCCCGGUGACGGGUCAGACCCCCCCCCCUCAGCCCGGAGUCCUGGUUCAUUUUAAUCACUGUGAAAGAGGGGGGGGGCCUUCUGUUGGCUAAUGACCCAGAACCCUUUAUUACCCAGAAGGCCACAGGGAAGCGCGUCAGAGCAAUACUUACUAGCCAGGUAGGGGACGGAGAACAAACCGUAGCCCCCCCCCUCCCCCCCCAGCUGUUGUCGAGGCAAAAUGCUAUGCUACAAAAAUACUAAUGUACUCAAUAACCAUACGUGUAUGUUCAUGAAUAAAUUGGUUAAACAUG